AUGAUUGUAUACUUUUUGUUGGGAAGCACCGUGGCUUGUUUGCUGGUGAUCGCCAUCUAUCGUCUGCAUGUCCAUCCACUCAGUAACGUUCCCGGUCCACGUCUGGCCGCAUUGACGGGGCUGUACGAAGUCUUUUGUGUAGCCUGGUGCUCGGAAUCUUAUGACGAGGAGAUUGAUCGAAUGCAUCGAGCCUACGGUCCUAUCAUUCGCAUCGCCCCCGAUGAGAUACACAUCCAAGACCAUUUCUACGGCUCCAGAAGUCCCGAUCUUUGGGUCAAAAGCCCGCAGCAUCAUGAGUCCAAUGGAUCAUCCAGUCGCUGGCACUCACGAGCCAGAGGGCAAUCCUAUGAAAAAAGGUUCUUUGGGAAUGUCCAGUACUCUCUUCACGCCAAGAUUCUUGGAAUCAUCCAACAACGAAUUGGAAAGCACCAACGAGAUCACUUCCUGAGCCGGAAAGCUUCCUCUGGCCCCAGCACAGUCAGCAAAAUCCUGGGGAUGCAAAGUCUUUUCCAGUUCAUGCAACCCAAAUCGAGCGACUUGGAAGGCGGAGCCGCGGCGGCGGCUGUUACUCCUACUACUCCUACGACGACGACUGCGGACAUGGCCCUUCCAGUAGUCCGCGGUCGAUCACUGUCCGUCACUCCUCGAAAUUUGAUGAAUCAGUCACCCGCACCAGAAUGA